AUGGAGGGUGCAGCUGCAGGUCUCCCGCUCCAGGCCACGGCCGGCUGCAUCUGUCAUCGCGCCCGGGACGCCCGGCAGCGGCAGCACCCAUCCCAGCCAAGGGAGCACCCAGAGAGCAGCCCUGCUUUAUGGAGGCCCUGGAUGCUCACAGCAAGAGAUGGUGAGAUGACAGAGAAUCAACAAAUGUUAGAACUGGAUGGUCAACUAAUAAAUUUUAGAUCAAAAGGAGCCCUGGGGUUUCAACAUCCAGUGAGACUUUAUUUGCCCAAGUCGAAAUCCCAAAAGUUUCUUAAUAACAUCGGAGAGAAGGUUCUGGCAAGUUUUCCAGUACAAGCUACAAUUCACUUCUACAAUGAUGACACUGACUCUGAGGAAGACGAAGAAGAAAGCAGUUCAGCCUAA